AUAGGUAGGGGGUCCAUUUCUUUGCGAAUAUACGUCUACAUUCAUUUAGAGUUUGGGACUCUAACGAUUUUCUGACCAAAUUUUGUUUGCUACUCUUACCGAGGUUUUUGCUAGGGUUUUAAAAAUCACUAGUGUGUUCACCUCGGCUUUACGAUUUAAGGAGAUUCCUGGUUGGAGUCUUCCUGUUUUCACCUGGGUUUAAUCAAAAUUUUCCUUUACCGAUAUUUGUCACAAUGUCACAGUUGAGGUGCUCAAUUGCCAUAUCAGGCAAAUCAACGGCAACCCCAAGCUUGCCCAACAAAUCAAAGACCCUGAAAACUCUUAAUGCUUGUAACCGCCACGAAGUCCUCAAGAUUGUUGCAAAUGGGUGUGAGAGUAUCAACCUCAGUUCAUCGCGUAGAAGGGAUUUGAGAACAUGGGUAUCUGCACGUCCAGAUGUCCAGUCCGGUGGGGGAGAUGCAGGCAUUGGCGACAACAACAAUGGUGGUGGUGGUGGUGGAGGAGAAGGGGGAUCAUGGGGAAAAUCAGAUGACAGUGGGAGUAAGAAAAUCAAAGGUGGGCUUUUGGGUGCUUUUUUUCAGGGGUGGAAAGCCAGAGUGGAAGCGGAUCCACAGUUUGCAUUCAAGGUCCUGAUGGAGGAGCUAGUUGGGGUAAGUGCAUGUGUUCUUGGGGACAUGGCAUCUAGGCCAAACUUUGGUCUCAAUGAACUGGACUUCGUUUUUUCCACUCUUGUUGUUGGAUGCAUCCUCAAUUUUACCCUCAUGUACAUGUUGGCACCAUCAGCUUCCAUGUCAUCAGCAGCUCAGACUCUCCCUGGUAUAUUUGCAGGCAGUCCUACAAGCCACAUGUUUGAGCCAGGGAGCUUCAAUGUCUUAGAGAGGAUGGGUACUUUCGUGUACAAGGGAACCUUGUUUGCAGCUGUUGGGUUUGCUGCAGGGCUUGUGGGGACUGUAAUAUCUAAUGGUUUGAUCAGUGUUAGGAAGAAAAUGGAUCCCAACUUCGAGACUCCAAACAAGGCACCCCCGACUUUGUUGAACGCGGCUACAUGGGCUGCUCACAUGGGUUUGAGCAGUAAUUUCAGGUACCAAACUCUGAAUGGUAUUGAAUUUCUGCUUGCCAAAGGACUUCCUCCUAUUGCCUUUAAGUCUUCGGUGAUUGUGCUUCGGUGUUUGAACAAUGUGCUUGGGGGAGUGUCUUUUGUACUAUUGGCUAGAAUAACUGGAUCUCAAAAAGUAGAUGAACCCCCACAACCGGCUGAAGAUGAGAAAUAUAAGUUGUUAGAUCAGGCUAAGGAUUUUCAGCCUGAUCAAUCUUCUUAAAUCAGCACCCAGACUUUUCAGUACUUAACUGUAAAGAUUUAAGGUUGCUUUGAUUGUAAAAUGUUAUCUUGUAGAGAAGAUCCAGUGAAUUCUCGAAAGGAUAACAUAUGAAUAAUUUUAUUACAAGAGAUUUAAGACUCAUUGUUGCCAUGGUUUGAAGUUAUCGUGAUAGGGUAGGGCUCGCGGGGUAUGGUGGCUUAGUUCGUUGCCAGGUGCUCUUGCCAUUCGAUAUAGGCCAGGUAAAUGUUAAUCUGCAUGGGAACUUUUCAUUUGUUUUUAUUUUUGUACUUGAAACUGUCAUGUGGCCAAGAGGAAUCCAUGCAAGUUUUGGAUUGA